UCAUCGCUGAUUCGCUGACGGCGGCUCCCGCCCAGACUCUGUCCAAAGUGGAGGGCGACACGCUCCAGCUGACCUGCGAGGUGUCCCGCACCACGCUGCAGCACACUCACUUAUCCGUGGGCUGGUACCUGCGCUCCCCAGAGGACGCCGCCGCCCCGCCUCAGGAGCUGGUCACCUUGUCGAGGGACUUCGUCCUGCGCUCGGGCGGACUGUACCGGCAGAGGAUGGCGGCGGGGGACCUGAGGCUGGAUAAAACCAGCGCUACGAGCUACAGGCUAACCAUCCACAAGCUGCAGCCCGUGGACCAGGGCCUGCUGUACUGCCAGGCCGCCGAGUGGAUCCAAGACCCGGAUGGAAGCUGGUUCGCGAUGACGCGCAAGCAGAGUGACAAGACUCAGCUGCGGAUUCAGCCCACAGAUCGAGAUUUCAGCAUCCAGGUGAGCACGGAGCGACGGUCCUUCACGGCCGGUGAGCCGCUGGAGCUCCGCUGCACCAUCGAGGCCCAGAACGUCCCGGAGCGCUUCUUCUCGGUGUCGUGGGUCUUCAGCAGCUCAUCGGUGGCCGUGGUGGGCCCGAGUGCCGUGCCGGUCCUGGGCCCGGAGUACGUCGCCCGAGAGGCCGCCGGUCACUUGACGGUGCGCAAAGAGAGCGCCAACGUCCACCUGCUCAAGCUGCAGCACCUCCACCCCGACGACGCCGGGAAGUACAUCUGCCGCGUGACGGAGCGGGAGAGGACGCCCACGGGAGACUUCAUCGACCGCAGCAAGAGGUCCAGAAACGUCCAGAUCACAGUGCAGCCGAUCAAGAGCAACAUCACCGUGUCUCUGUCUGCUAACUCCUCUGAGGUUCUGGAGGGCGACGUCAUCCAGCUGACCUGCUCCAUCCAGACCACCUCAGGCCCCCUCUCCGUCUCCUGGCAGUGGGCGGACAAGCAGGGGACCGGACCCCCUCAGGAGGUGGCCUCUGUGGACCGGGACGGCACGGUGUGGCACAGUCCCGUCUACAGAGAGCGCUCCAGCUACGGCGAGAUCCGCGUGGAGAAGGUGGGGGCCGACACAUUCUCCCUGUCCGUGUAUAACGCCCUACCCGGGGACGAGGGGCAGUACGGCUGCACGGCCACCGAGUGGAUUCAGGCUGGAACUGAACCAGAACUCAACUGGCAGAAGAUCGGAGAGAAGUCAGCCACCGUGACGGUCAGCGUGAAGACUGUCG